AUGAGCGCCAACUUACAGAAGCUCCAGGCGCUCUAUCGCGCCCGCCGGGACAAGGUGGACUCCAGGAUGGCUAUCAUGGACAAGGCAGAGGCAGACUUCAAGAAGCGCAUUGCUCAAAUGAAAGUCUGGUUUGCCGAGGCUCGGGAAGAUCUGAAGGCCAACCAGAUCCAGCUGGACGAGCGCCAGCGGGAGCUCCUUCAGAAGCAGGCCGACUUCGACAAGGCACAAGAGGUGGCGAAAGCAAAGGCCGCCAAGGACGAGUCUAACCAGACGCAGCGCCGCAUCCUGCUAGACGCCCAAGAAGAGGACUUGGUCACCCGUGAAGCGGCGCUUGCCGCCAAGAUUCGUGCCAAGAACGAAGAAGUUGAAAGACUUGUUGUGAAGUGGGCCCAGGAUCUGAUGCAGGAGCACAAAGAAGCAGUUGACGCUCUGACCCUGGACCAUGCCGACAAGCUGAAGGAGGCCAUUGACAGUGCUGAGGCCGCAGAGGCCGCCAAGGUUGAGCUGGAUGGCAAGGUGGAGAAGCUAGAGCUGGAGUUGGAGGAGCUGAGGAAGGAGACCUUGAAGAUGAAGAAGGACAGGGACAUGACUGCCCACACCUUGGCGGAGCUACAAGUCACUAUCUCCGACAAGAAGAAACUGCUCUCCAAGGCCAACGAUUCCAUUGCUGAUCUGAAGCUGAAGCUGGAGACCCAUGAGAAGAUGCUUUCUGAGAGCAGGGCCCGCAAGCUGACCCUGGCCAAGGAGCUCGCGGACGAGAGGCUGCUGCUGUAG